CUGUUGGCUUUUUUGUGCACAUUGUCAAUUGUGCGAUCCGUUGGUGAGAACUGGAUCUUCUGCGAGCAGACCAGUAUCUUGGCAAGUCAAUUUUGUGGUAUUCUUGCCAUGUCUGGGCAUCAAUCGUCCUAUCAAUCGGCACGCAGGUGGAAACUUGUUUCGCGAUUCUCAACCUCAACAUCCACUUCCAUAUAUUCAGUCUGUGGAACAACCUGA